UCUUUUGAACGGCGAAAGCUGCAGACUCCGCCCACACCGAUUCAUCGGCCAUCAGGACUCUUGAGGAACUGUAAUUCUGCAACUUUUAUCUGCGAUUCCUCUGUACCUUUAGGCUCUGAUACCGGAACCAUGUCCAAGGGACCAGCUAUUGGUAUUGAUCUGGGCACUACCUACUCCUGUGUAGGAGUGUUCCAACAUGGCAAAGUGGAGAUCAUCGCCAAUGAUCAGGGAAACAGGACCACACCAAGUUACGUUGCCUUCACAGACACUGAGAGGCUGAUCGGGGAUGCGGCCAAGAAUCAAGUGGCUUUGAAUCCCAGCAACACAGUAUUUGAUGCAAAGCGUCUUAUUGGACGGCGGUUUGAUGACAGUGUGGUCCAGUCAGAUAUGAAAACCUGGCCCUUUAAAGUUGUGAAUGAUGCCUCACGCCCCAAAAUACAAGUGGAGUACAAGGGUGAGACAAAGACCUUUUACGCAGAGGAGAUCUCCUCUAUGGUGCUGCUCAAAAUGAAGGAGAUUGCUGAGGCGUACCUUGGCAAGACCGUGAAUAAUGCUGUUGUGACUGUGCCUGCCUACUUCAAUGACUCUCAGCGUCAGGCCACCAAAGAUGCAGGAACUAUUUCUGGCCUCAAUGUCCUUCGAAUCAUCAACGAGCCAACUGCUGCUGCUAUUGCGUAUGGCCUGGACAAAAAGGUUGGCUCUGAAAGACACGUUCUGAUCUUUGAUCUGGGUGGUGGCACUUUUGAUGUGUCCAUCUUGACUAUUGAAGAUGGCAUCUUUGAGGUCAAGUCCACAGCAGGUGAUACACACUUGGGCGGUGAAGACUUUGAUAACCGCAUGGUCAACCACUUCAUUGCAGAGUUCAAACGCAAAUACAAGAAAGACAUCAGCAGCAACAAGAGGGCGGUGCGUCGCUUGCGCACAGCUUGUGAGAGGGCCAAGCGCACCUUGUCAUCAAGCACUCAAGCCAGCAUUGAGAUUGACUCGCUGUUUGAGGGCAUAGAUUUCUACACCUCCAUCACCAGGGCCCGAUUUGAGGAGCUGAAUGCAGAUCUGUUCCGUGGAACCCUGGAACCUGUGGAAAAAGCUCUGCAGGACUCCAAGAUGGACAAGGGCCAAAUCCAUGACAUUGUGUUGGUGGGAGGCUCCACUCGUAUUCCCAAGAUCCAGAAGUUGCUGCAGGACUUCUUCAACGGGAAAGAGCUCAAUAAGAGUAUUAACCCUGAUGAAGCCGUGGCCUAUGGUGCUGCUGUGCAGGCAGCCAUCUUGUCAGGAGACAAAUCUGAAAAUGUUCAGGAUCUGCUGCUGCUGGAUGUCACCCCCUUGUCCUUGGGCAUUGAGACUGCUGGAGGAGUCAUGACUGCACUGAUCAAAAGGAACACUACCAUCCCCACAAAGCAGACCCAGACUUUCACCACCUAUUCAGACAAUCAGCCUGGUGUGCUCAUUCAGGUGUAUGAAGGUGAAAGAGCCAUGACCAGGGACAACAACCUUUUGGGGAAGUUUGAGCUAGUUGGAAUCCCCCCUGCUCCUCGAGGUGUUCCUCAGAUUGAGGUGACCUUUGAUAUUGACGCCAACGGCAUCAUGAAUGUGUCUGCAGUUGACAAGAGCACAGGCAAAGAAAACAAGAUUACGAUCACCAACGACAAAGGACGCCUGAGCAAGGAGGACAUUGAGCGUAUGGUUCAGGAAGCGGAGCAGUACAAGGCCGAGGACGACAUUCAGAGGGAGAAGAUAGCUGCCAAGAAUGGCCUGGAGUCCUACGCCUUCACCAUGAAGUCAACUGUGGAGGAUGAGAAACUGAAGGACAAGAUCAGCGAUGAUGACAAAAAGAAAAUUCUGGAUAAGUGUAAUGAGGUCAUCUCCUGGCUGGAUAAGAACCAGUCAGCCGAAAAGGACGAGUUUGAGCAUCAGCAGAAGGAGUUGGAGAAGGUGUGCAACCCCAUCAUGACAAAGCUGUACCAGGGUGCAGGGGGGGUGCCAGGGGGGAUGCCAGGUGGCUUCCCAGGAGCAGGUGGUGCUCCAGGAGGAGGAUCGUCUUCUGGCCCCACCAUCGAGGAGGUUGAUUAGACGACAAGCUACCAAGACAAACACAAACUGGUCUAGUUUUGCUUUCCUGAGACCAGUGAGUCUGAAGAAUAUCAUCUUACCACAGAUUUACUGUUUUCUCAGUUAUUAACCAGC